UUUUACUGACGCUUAAUGCUAGCUAAAUUCUCAUUGGCUAAAAAAUGCUAAUCUCAUCAUUACACAUUUCAGUUACUGCUGCUAUAGACAAACUUCUAUAUAAAAAUACGCUAACUGAAAAACUUUAACAUGAAUGUUUUUAUCCUGCUGAUUCUGGGAACAGGACAUCUUCAUACACUAUCUGCUGCCUUCCACUCACUGAAACACACAUGCACAGCAGUCUCCGGUGAUACUCACUUGCCAGAGUUCACUGCGUUAGGUCUGCUAGACAAUGUCCAGUUUGCCUACUUUGACAGCCACGCCAAGAUUGCAAUCCCAAAAACUGAAUGGAUUAAAAAAGAAGGAUCAUACUACUGGGACAGUCUGACUCAGAUUGCUAUUGAUGCACAUCAAAGGCUGAAAUUCUACCUUCAAAGAACAAAGGAUGUAUUCAACCAAUCCAUGUCUACAGGGGUACAUACAUUGCAGUUGAUGGGUGGUUGUGUGUGGGAUGAUGAGACUGGAGUCACAGAGGAAUAUAUGCAGUUAGGAUUUGAUGGAGAAGACUUCAUCUCAUUUGACCUGGAGAAAUUGACAUGGAUCCCUUCAAAACCACAGGCAGUCUUCAUCAAGAACCUGUUAGACAAUAACAAAGCUGACAAUAAGUACUGGAAGCACUAUCUCACCCAGGAGUGUAUUGAUUCACUGAAGAACUUUCUGGACUAUGGGAAGAGCAGUCUGAUGAGAACAGUCCCUCCAUCAGUGUCUCUGCUCCAGAAGACCCCCUCCUCUCCAGUGACCUGCCACGCUACAGGUUUCUACCCCAGUAAAGUCAUAGUGAUCUGGGAGAAAGAUGGAGAAGAACAGCAUGAAGAUGUGGAAAUGGAAGAUACUCUCCAGAAUGUUGAUGGAACGUUCCAGAAAAGAAUCCACCUGACAGUGACACCUGAGGAGUGGAAGAACAACAAGUAUCAGUGUGUGGUUAAGGUCUCAGGGAUCAAGGAGGACUUCAUCAAGGUUCUGACUGAGGAUCAGAUCCAGACCAACUGGGGUGUAAAUGACCAGACCUCCACCAUCAUUGGAGUGGUGGUAACUCUCCUGGCCAUCGUUGCUGCUGUUAUUGGGGUUGUCAUUUGGAAGAAGAAACAGGAAAGUUUUCUUGUAGCUUCUGAUGGCGCAUCUAAAUCCUCCAACAACUCUACUCCAGUAGAAUGAGGUCCAUCUUGAGAUAAACAGUGACUUCUGCUGGGUCAUAGCAGCAAGGAAGCCCCUACAUCAACCAGGUCUCUCCUGAACAAACCAGCACUGGACAGCUUGUCCCUUAGACUAAAAGAUGGAAAAGAGUUGUAUUCAUGUGAAACUAAAGAUGGAUAGGUAAGAUGGAAGUUACUUUAAAUGAGCUAAGAGAUGUACUUAUUAAUACAGUGAAAACAAAAAUACUUAAACUCCAUUAGUGAACAGUAUUAAAUAAUAUAUACAAAUAAUAUAUACAAAAACAACUGCAGGCAUUAUGAAUGCAUAUUAAUGUGUCCUGUGUUUUUACAAAUGUUAGAAAGUCAACAAAGAAAUGGAUCAAGCAAAUUGUGUUAAAACUCAGAGAGCUUGUGCAUAUUCUGUACGACAUAAUUCUAUUUGAUAAGCUGCACACAGAAAUUACUUUUAACACAUUGCAGAAUUCACAAUCAACACAAGAUGGCGCUCCAACUCUACUUUCUAACACCCAUCAGAUCAGUCAAGAACACAUUUCUUUGAAAAGGGAAAUUAAGUCAGUAGUAUUCAACUCCGGUAUUCCACUGACUUAGGUAAUCUGAGGACAGCUCACACCUCCUGUGUGUGAUUUACAUGUGAUGUGACAAACUUCCAUGCUUAGCAUAGACUUUUUGUGAGUGUUAAUUUGCCCCCUCUUUCUGUUGUCCCUUGAUAUGUCUGUCUAUCUGUUUGUCUACUGUUGAGGGGAUCAGAAAACCAGAAAUCCAUGUUCCCCAACCGUAUCCUAAUUCACUAACCGUAUCCUAAUUCACUAACCGUAUCCUAAUUCACUAACCGUAUUCUAAUUCACUAACCGUAUUCUAAUCCACUAACCAUAUCAUAAUCCACUAACCGUAUCCUAAUUCACUAACCGUAUUCUAAUCCACUAACCGUAUCCUAAUCCACUAACCCUAUCCUAACCCACAGAAGGAUCAUGAUAUUAGACCUCUCUCCAUUUAAUAUGAAGCAUUACAUUAAAAACACAGAAAUAAAACAAUUCAGCAAACUAACACUUAGAUACAGGAGGGGUGAAGACCAAUAGUGUAGAGGUAAAUACCACACCAUUUCCUGUAAGAGUCUUUCGAGCAAUCAGUCAUGUUAUGCAUAACUAUGAUCCGUCAUGAGAUGGUCAACACACUGAAGAAUCAUCUAGUUCUAGGAUUAGGUUUAGGUGGCCAUGAUAGAAUGAGGGUCAAAUUGAAGAUUUAGUUGGGACACUGGAGUUAACCAUCCUGCUUUUACAAUAAGUGCCAUGGGACCUUCAGUGAUACAAAGACACUUGUUUAUUGUCCUACCUGAAAGAUUACACUUUAUGCAAGGCAAUAACCCUUCCACAGCCCUGCAUCAUUUGGAUAGAAUCUGAUCAAAGGGAAAAGUGCCUUCUACUGACACUCCAACACCAAUUUCAUCAGCAGCAUCUGGUCUCUCAUUCAGGCCAGGACUAACCCUGAUUAGAAUCUGGUGUCUCAUUCAGGCCUGGACUAACCCUGAUUAGAAUCUGGUCUCUCAUUCAGACCAGGACUAACCCUGAUUAGCAUCUGGACUCUCAUUGAGACAAGGACUAACCCUGAUUAGCAUAUGGUCUCUCAUUCAGGCCAGGACUAACCCUGAUCAGCUUCAGAGGGCAAUCAGCAGUGGGAACCAGAUAAUGUCUAUCAUAUACACUCACUGGCCACUUUGUUAGGUACACCUGUUCAUUAAUGAAAAUUGACAAAGUUUAAAUUAUGUGGCAGGUUCAGUUGUUGUUCAACCAGACAUUAGAAUGAGGAAGACGUGAUCUACGUGUGGAAUCUGUGUAAUAAUAUAAUAUUCUAAAUGUACUAUGAAUGUAUGUUUCAUUGGUAGUUAAAUGUGCUUAGGUAAUGAGAACAAGAGAAACAUCUGUGUUUAGGUUCUCUCUCUGUAAUGUGGAAUGCUUUCAUUGACCAUUUGGCAUGGAGGCUCUUGUGAAGAUGUGAUCUGUGAUUGGUAGACAUGCCCUUCAAUGUAUAUAACAGCUAGGAACCAUUUUUACAGUAAGAAAUGUAUGGAAAAUUAAUUGAAAAGGACAAUUCUGCUGCAUUAUUCUAAUAAAUACUGAAUGUAUUUUCUCCCUUGAUUUUCAAACAAG